AAUUAUCUCUGUCUGAGAUAUGAUUGCCGAAACAAAAUGACUGAAUGGAAAAAGUUUAUACAUUUAUUGUUAUGAAUAAAGAUUUAAGUUGCGAUUAUAUUCUGAUGUUGCUAACCUGGUUAACGAAACGUUUGACAAAAAUAUAUAACUUCGUUAGGUCAAUUUAUUAACACUGAUUUGAAAUAUUUAAGGAAAUAGUUGUCAGAUCUGUUUGAAAAACUGAAUUAGUUGUCGUCGCGAAAUCACCGACGAGCAAUGUUUUUCUGCCGACUCUAUAACUACUUCACUGGCCAACAAAAACGAACAUCGAUUAAUGUUUAGUCAACUUGGGGUCAUUGUUCACUUCAUUCAUUUUAUUCGAGUGCCGCCCUGUUCAAUAGUUGUUUUUGUUUUGCAUUGUUGGCAAUGGUAAUAACUGAAUUUGCACCAAUCUUGGGCCAUGAAUAUUUUUCCACGCCAAUGCCAAUGUAAUCUGGAGUGUCAAAAAUUGAUAGUAUAAGGUUAAUUACCAGCAUUCUAUGUUUUGAUGAAUCUUUUGAUUUCCGAGUGCAACCUACACUAAAUUCAUUGAUGAAAUAUUUUUAAUCACGUGGUCACACCAAUGCUAUGUUUUGAUCCUGGUUCAAGAUGGCGGAUGUUACACGAACACAUAAUGGUCCUAUGGAUGAUUCUGAUAAAGGCAAGCAGUUACAAAACAAAACAAUUUUUAAAGAAUAUAAAGCCACGCCCUACCGUAUCAUCUGUAGAAGAGAUUCUUUCCAACAAUAAUUCUGAAACUCAUAAUAUUGAAGAAUAUGAGGGCAAUAAUGAGGUUAGCGAGAACGACUUUGAAGGAAUUGGAGAGCAGAACGGUUUCAAAACCAUACUCCGACCAAUGAUACUAGUACUGCGCAUUGAAGAAAGCGAAAGAGGCUGUAAGAGAAACUUGAAACAUAUAUAGAUGAUUAUCAACAACCCAAACCGCCGACAAAGGAGGAGAUCUCAGAUGAUUUGAGGAGAUCUCAGAUGAUUUGAAAUUUUUUCCAGAAACUGAAAGUACGGAUGGAUAUCAUGAACUUAUUACUACAUUAGUAUGUCUGUCCCACAAAAUAACCUUGGGUCGAAUCCAUCUGAUGCAUUUGUCCAACAAACACCACCAUCCCGUAGACAUGAUAGCCAAAAUCAGUAUCCACAUACUACGUCACAACCACAAGUAGCAAACUUUCGACAUUACAAUAAUAGACUACCAAGCCAACCCCACUUCUCACUCAGCUUUCUCCACAUUAUCAUCGGACCCUUCAAACUGUGAAGACUCCGAGCAGCCCCCCUUCACUAUCCCAAAUGGCAACACCAUCAACUGCUACUCGACCAACGGAGCAAUAUUCGGAAUAAUAUAGAAGAGUAAAUAGUCCUGACGAUAACCAUUCAUCGAUGUCACCAAAUAGUUAUGGAUCCAUCUUGUCAGUGGCUUCAUUGUUCAGUGAUAGUGAUUUUCGUUAAAAUGAUGACAUUAGUGUUAAGCAACAGUACGGGUGAAAGGUAAUUACGUUAUGUAUAAUCACUGAAUCGCAAUUAAAAUGUUAAUACUUCUUGUUCAAUAAAUGUCUGGACCGUUA